AUGGAGUCAUUAGAAAAUACCCAAAAGCUCAGCGGAUACCAGGGCAAUAGUAACGUCACGUCUUCUCAUACAAGUUCUCCGCUGGCCACUGCCGCUGGUCUGCUGAGUGACCACGCGACGCAGAUUUUCUUCAUCGUCAACUACGUGGUGUUGAGCACGGUGAUUAGUUUGGUGGGCAUCGUUGCCAACAGCCUCAACAUCUGCGUGCUGGUCAGGCAGGGCUUCAGCAACUCCAUGAACAUCAGCUUCAUGGGGAUGGCCGUCUCGGACAUGGCGAGUCUGGUCACGCUUCUCUGGCUGAACGUCUGUCUGUGUCCCUUUCUGGACGGCGUGUUCAACGAGAUCCACUACCUGUUCGGCGCCUGGCUCCACGGCUGCGCCGCCCGUAUCACCGGGUGGAUCACGGUGUACAUCACCAUAGAACGUUACCUGUCCAUAGCUCGACCGCUGCGUGUCAAACAAAUGGUCACUCCUCGGAGGACUGCCUUGACGGUCGCGGGGAUCUACGCGGUCAAUCUUUUCACUCUCGUACCGGAAGUCUUGACAGUUUAUCUGGACUGGAACAUGUUCUCCGGUCCCACUCUCCACGCGAUGCACAACCUGGGGAGCAGUGUCGGCAGCCUGACCGUGGAAGGUUUGGUUUUUGCCGUCCACGCGGCAUUGACGAUGCUGGCGUUUGUCGCACUGGCCAUUUUCACCAUUGUCCUCGUCAUAAAACUCAAAGAAAAUGCCACCUGGCGUAAAAAAGUGACGUCCGACAGGAAUCAGACCGAGUCCAUUUCGGCGCGGGACAGAAAAGUUGUCAAGCUGAUCAUCACUGUGGCAACGCUGUUGAUUGUCUGCUACGUCCCGACCGUGACCUUGUCCAUCGUGUCGUGCAGCGUGCCGGCGUUCAGUCUCAUAGGGAAAGAGUCGAACAUUUUCUACGUGGCGUGGUCGUUCGCUUUCAUCACCCACUCCAUCAACUCUAGCGUCAUCGUCGUGCUGUACGUCAAGAUGAGCUCUAGGUACAGGCAGACGUUCAGCAUCAUGUUU